AUGUCAGCAACAUCAACACAGAAACAACAACAACAACAACGCUAUCGAAUUAAUAAUAAUAAUACCCAUCAAUCACGUAAUACAAAUGCUUACAUUGAUCGUGACGUUUAUCAUCGACAAUCAUUAAUGAAUAAUAAUAAUAAGAAUUAUUACUGGAAUCAUGAUUAUCGUGGAUCAAAUGAUGAUUUUUAUUUAAACGAUUAUUAUCAACAUCGAAAUACAUAUUCGCAACCAACUCAACAUAUAAGAAAGGGACGACAAACAAAACUUGUACACCAAUAUAAUUCUAAAUCUGUUUUUUCAUCAUCGAAUAAUAAUCAUUCAUAUUAUGAUAAUAUACCGCCACGUCAUCGUCAACAACAACAAAUUGAUAAACGAGAAGAACGUACAACUCAUGUACAAGAUUCACGAAUAAAUAAUCAAAUUAAACAUUCAAAUAAUGAACAAUCAACAAAACCAAUGAAAUCAAUUUCAUCAAGUAGUACAAAUUCUGAGAUUACAAAUAAUGUUGGAUUGACUAAUCGAAAAGAUUUACAUACGAAAAAUUUAGCUACAGCGGCUAUUGCAGCUCGACAACAAAAUCAACAAGGACAAACAAAUCUAGGUGUUGUUCAAACAUUAAUGAAUUCUCUUAUUUUACAACAACAACAACAACCAUCACAAUCACAAUCAACAGUUCAAUUACAAUAUCAACUUACAAAUGCUCUUUUAGCAACAAUGAUUCAACAACGUCUCAAAGAAACUGCACUUCAAGCUCAAGCACAACAAAUUCAAGCUGCUUUACCAACAUUAUUAGCAGCUCAAGCUCUUGUCUAUCAACAACAACAACAAGGACAUCUAACAGUUAAUCAACAACAAAAUCAAUCUGCUCUAUCACCAAAUGUUGCACAUCCAGGCACGAAAUUUAAUAAUCGUCCACUUGUUAAAUUUCCUAUCACACGUCCAAUAAUAUCGUCAUUAACACCAGGUAUGAUAAUACCCGUUAUUCGACCAACUGUUUCAACAAAUCUCUUACGUCAUCGAUUAGGAACUAAUACUCAACAAAUAUAUUCAACAACUGUCUUACCAACUUAUCAACAAGUACAAGAAAUUGAACGAGGAAUUUCAUUGGGUGACGCUAUUCAUUUAAAAAAUGCUAUUGAUAUUGCUGAUGUAAAUAAUAAUAAUGCAGAUACAACUCCAAGUAAUAAUAAUAUCAUCGAAUAA